AACCAGCGUGCCAGCUAUCGAUAUAUAAGAACCCGACCCGUUUUCUAGCACGACAGUUUAGUGUGAGCUUCCAAGUUACAGUCGUUCAACCGCACCGCCGACAACCGUUGCGUCUUUUCGCGCCGAAGCAAAGCCAACCAAGCUAAUUUUCAACAUGAACCGCAUCAUCAUCGCUCUGACUGCCGUGUUGGCGUGUGCCUCGGCCCAAGUCUUCCUGAAUCAACCGAUCCCGCUCGCGCUGCAUCAACCGGCUCCAGUUCGAGAGGCUUCCCUGGCCCAUCCGGCGGUGGUUGAGAAUGCGCUGCACGAGUCCCAGUAUCCGGAUCAGUUCCGUAACAAUUUCUACAAAAAUCCGCACAUUGCCGAUGCGCUUGCCAAGCAGUCGUGGUUCGGCGAUAAGGAGAUGCCCGUCUUUGAGCGUGAAGCCGACAAGAUCCCGCGCGAUCGUAUUGUGAAGAUCUUCAAGAAUGCUGGCUUUGUGCGUCGGCGUUAAGCGGAACCAACGAUGAACGACUCCGUGAUCAGUUCAAUGAUUACUGGAUGACGAGUAGCCCCCCCCCCCCCCGUGUAUCCGGAACACCCCCCCAUCCUACUGAUAGCUUAUGCUCAACUUGCCAGCCCAACCUAGUUUCUGUGCAUUCCGGGGAGAAACAACUUCUCAUUUCCAUCGCGAAUGCUUGUGAUGUUCGUGUCUAUAUUGUCAUGUGUACAUAGUCGUUAAUUUAUUGUGCCAAUAAAUUAUUUAUUAUGAAAUCGGUGAA